AUCAACAUAAAUUCUAAAUUCCCAAUAAAUUUUUGACUCGCUAAAACUGUUCUAUGCAAUUUUUGAUUAAACUCCCAUUAUGUCAUAAUAUAUUUCAAAUAAAAAUAUUUUAUCCGCAUCUUACAAUUUUCGGAUGGAGAAGUUGCUAAAGAAGAAUUUUAGGCUAUAAUGUGGAUGAAUGCUCGGAUCAACAAAGAGAUGAACACGAAAUGACUAGAACUCCCCAGGAUGAAGACAGAACAUGGUGUGGUCAAGAUGAAAAGCAACAUUCAGAAAAAGAUAUGGAACUGGAGUUCUUGGAUGAAGACAUAAGGUUAUGGUCAGCUGGGAAGGAAUUGAACAUUCGCAUGCUUCUUUCAACACUACACCAGAUUCUAUGGCCCAAUAGUGGUUGGUAUACAAUACCUUUGACAAGCCUAUUAGAAAGUUCACAAGUCAAGAAAGCCUAUCAAAAGGCAAGGCUAUGUCUCCACCCUGACAAACUGCAACAAAGAUCAGCAACACCAGCUCAAAAGUAUGUUGCUGAGAAAGCUUUCUCCAUCCUCCAGGAUGCAUGGGCAGUAUUCAUCUCCCAAGAUGUUUUCAUUAUCUAGUGGACACUUGGUACUCAGUUUUGACUUGAAGAUUGCGAUUGAACUACGUGCAAGCUUUUAGGUAUCCAUCAUAUAUAUUGAACAAUAUCGACCUUCUUCUUCAUCGUGAGCUUUGUAAAUGCGAAAUAUGUACAUUGUUGGAUUAACAAAAGUUGGUAUUUCUAAUCUGUAUACGCUUUGAAGUGGUUAACAAUAUUUUAGUA